CUGAGAAUGUGAACCUAAAAGUAAAACAGCUGAACUGGAACUUGUUUAUGUCAUUAACUGUAUUUCUAUGUAUUUUUUUACAGGUGUUUAUAAAUCCGAGCACUGUUUUAUUCAGACAGGAGUAAUGUUUGUGUGACUGUAGAACAACUAGAAAACUGGGKUUUUGGUGAGUGGAAUGGAAAACAGCACGCUCCCUUUUUACUUUAACCUCACCAUGUUUGUGAACAUCGGACAGUACCGCUUUGUUGCCUUUACGUUUUGCCUUCUGCUCUACAGCUUCAUCGUGUCGGCCAACCUGCUGAUGAUAMURGUGAUUUGUCAGUACAGAGCGUUGCACCAGCCCAUGUAUAUGUUUGUUGCUGUGUUAUCGGCCAACGCCCUGUACGGCUCCACUGCUUUCUUCCCCAGGUUUCUCAUGGACCUGCUGUCUGAUGUUCACUGGAUCUCACAUCCUGCUUGUUUCACUCAGAUUUAUGUCAUUUAUACCUAUGCUUGCAAUGAGCUGACCAUUCUCGGCAUUAUGGCUUUUGAUAGAUACGUAGCUGUUUGUCAUCCUUUACACUAUCACAGCAAAAUGACCACCAAAACUGUCAUCAUGUUGUCUUCAUUGGCUUUGAUUUUUCCAGCUUUGAUUAUUACUUCAGUCAUUUUCUUAUCUGCUCGACUUCCUUUAUGUGGCAACAAGAUACAAAAAGUCUUCUGUGCCAACUGGGACGUGGUUAAAUUAUCCUGCGUUAGCACCACUGCCAACAAUAUUUUAGGUUUUUUUAUAACCAUAACUACAGUUUUUUUCCCACUCUUUUAUGUCCUGUUCACCUAUUUACGAAUCGUGCUCGUCUGCUGGAAAAGAUCAGCAGAGUUCAAAGGUAAAGUGCUGCAGAGCUGCCUGCCUCACUUAAUUUCUUUCAUCAUUUAUUCUGCUGCAGUCAUUUGUGACAUUGCCCUGAGUCGAUACAAUGUAGAUGAUAUGUUUGUUGUUGUGAUUUUUUCUUUGGAAGUUCUCAUCAUUCCUCCGGUUCUGAAUCCUCUUGUGUACGGGCUGAAGUUGCCAGAUAUUAGAAGACACAUUUUAGGUUUGAUGUGCAAUAAAAAAAGAUAACGUCAAACAUGAAAUGAUUGUGGUUUCAUUUGUCCAGAA